GGACACUGCUACCCACCUCUGCUCACCGUUGUCGCUACCCUCUUUCGUACUCAUCUCUUUUUCAUUUCUUGAACAUUUUUCUUGGCAGAACAUGCUUUUGACGAUCAUAGUCUUCGGUCUCGUCGCCCAACAUUUUUAGGCUGUGAUGCUGACUCUCCUUACACCCCAAAAGGAAAAGGAGGCGAUGUGGUUGCCGAUGUUGUAGAGAUGAUCAAUAGCUUGGGUAUAUUUCCAAACGAUCACAAGUUCCUUUGUCGCGUUGCCUGGGUCGAGUCCAAAUAUGGAGUGGCGCCAGGAACGUAUAGGCCAUCUUAUUACGGGGGAAUUUGGCAGGUAAAGAUAUUGGUCCGGGAAAAGAUACCUACAGUGAUCUGAGACUCGGUUGGGUAGUGAUGAGGGGGAGAGGGAGGAAAGGGGGAGGGGAGUGGGUGUAGUGGUAUUCAUUUAAUUUCCAGAGAGGAAUACGAGGGGAGUAGGCAUGCGGCAUGAUUACCCAAUUAUGAUGCUUGCAGCUCUCUCGGAAAGUCUUUAACAAAUGGACUAUUUCCGUACUCCCCCAAUAUCCGGCACAGACUAUAACAGUAACAAACCGAUUGGAGGUGCGUGUUUUUCUUGCCCCCUCCUCCCCCCCCCCCUUCCAAUAACACAAACCUCUUACGGCCUUUUACGGAAAUGCAGCAUCGCUAAACAGUACCAAUUGAGAAUAAAGGGUGUAAGUUACUAGAGAAACUGUGGUGCUGCGUCGGUGGGAUAGUAUAACAGGGUAAUUUAGUAUUAUCAACUGAGUUGAUAACGUAAAUUGGCCACCGUAAAGGCUAGCUUUGAGGCUCUUUACGGUGGACAAUUUACGUUAUCAACUCGUGUCGCCAGAGCUGAUAAAUAUGUACUUCAUUUGAUGGGUUAGUAUUUCUCGUUCUGCCUCUAUGUCGUGGGCCAAAGCGUUCAAGUCUGCUAGCCAUUCGAGCUCGCACGCUUGACAGCUCGAAUCUCACGCGCUUCGCCACUCAUGACGCAGCGCUGAAGAGAGCCUGCGCGCAGGUCAUAGCUAUCUUUCAGGCGCCACCUAUUUUUUUAAUCCCAUUCAUAAUACCCUCGUCAUAGGUGGACGCUAUUGGCUAUCGCGAAACAGUUAUCCAGCAAGGCCUUAGGAAGUACUGGGACCGAAUUAAGGAGCGACUGCAUAUAGACUGGGAAAAAACUUCAUGGUCAGAUUUGGAAAAGCCGCUGUACUCCGGAUUGGCUGCUCGAUUGUUUCUUGCCAGGAUUCCUGCUCCUAUUCCAGCUGACCUUACUGCUCAAGCUCAGUACUGGAAGAAAUAUUACAACACUUCAGCUGGGAAAGGAACCGUGCAGAAGUUUAUUAAUGAUGUUAAACAAGCUACAGGGUGUGCUGCGUGAAAAAUUCCAAAUGAAUCAUCCUAUCUGUAGCUUGCAAGAAACUGAUAACAAUAUAUUAAAGAGAAAAAAUUAUCAUGUAAAUUAAUGGCUUUGAAAUUGAAAUUGUUUCUUUUUUUAACUAGUAUUUUUUCUUAAUUAAGUUUGGAUUUAAGAAUUCAAUUAAUGUUCUUAGCAAUUGGAUGAUCGGUUUGAAAUUUAACUAUUGCCUAUCGCUUGCAAGGUUAGUUUUCUCAGGUCAGACACUUCUGUC